AUGUUCUUCCUCUUCAGCGGAGUCAACAGCCCGCGCCGCCGCAACCGAGAGAAAGCGAUCUUUCUAACCAUCUUCAUCAUCUUCGCCUUAUACCUGCUCUUCUUCUCGAACACAUCACCUCACAAACAUGCAGACCCUACGAUAUACGAUCCCGAAGCUCUGGGUGGCCCGAAUCGAGACCCGCACUCGGGUCAGGCAACGCCCGCGCGACAGUCAGCGCCCAUCCGGAAAAGCAUGGUCGUGGCUAGUAUGAAGAGCGACGACGUCUCGUGGUUGCAUAAGUUCUUCCCGGACUACCAUAAGAGCAUCUAUGUGGUGAAUGAUAAGAAGGCUCAGUUGACAGUGAGCCAAAACAAGGGGCGGGAGUCGAUGGUAUAUUUGACAUACAUCAUCGAUAAUUAUGAUAACCUCCCCGAUUCGAUCCUCUUUAUCCAUCCCCAGCGGUAUCAAUGGCACAACGACGAUCCGUACUACGAUGGCGUCCCGAUGCUGCGCAAUUUUCAGCUUGGCUACCUCGAGAAACAAGGAUACGUUAACCUGCGUUGCGCCUGGCUCUUGGGAUGUCCGGCCGAGAUUCACCCCUUGACCGAUACACACCGCGAGGCAGUUCAUGCUGGCGAAUACUUCAAGAACGGUUUUAUGGAGCUCUUUCCUGGAGUCGAAGUCCCCGAGACCGUUGGUGUCUCUUGUUGCGCCCAGUUCGGUGUCACAAGCUGGAAGAUCCGCGAGCGGCCAAGGAGCGACUACGUGCGGUUCCGAAAGUGGUUGUCAGAGACCGACCUAACGGACGAUCUAAGCGGACGAAUCAUGGAAUAUUCAUGGCAUAUGAUUUUUGGAAAAGAGCCUGUCCAUUGUCCCUCGGCUGAAGAGUGCUACUGCAAGGUGUUUGGGCUGUGCGACCUGACAUGUCCCAACGUCGACGCGUGCCACGACCGCUACCAGCUUCCGCCAUAUUCGACGCUUCCGAACGGCUGGCCGUAUAUCGGCUGGAACGGACAGAAACAAGAUCCGAGCAAGGGCGGGCUUCCCGAACCGAAGUCAUAA